GCGAGAUUUAAGUUGUUAUUUGUCUCUUAAGAUCACAGGUAAAACUUGUCUUUUUAACCGCGGAUCUUGUCUGAAAUAUCAUCUUAAUCACUCGACACACUAACACAUUGCUUCUGUUGUGAACGUCUUCUGCAUACUUUCAGGGAAUCUGUCCUACCAUGAGCUUCAAUAUUGCCAUUUGGGCCUUGUUUGGCCUAAUCGGUGGAGCAACAGGCGCUGCCACCUACCCUAACCCACAGAGCAGUGGAGCUAAUUCACCAUCCUACGGAUCUGCUCAACCAAACUAUGGCUCUGCCCAACCAGGCUACGGUUCUGCUCAACCAAACUAUGGCUCUGCUCCUUCCGAUAGUGGAUACAAUGGCGCAGCAUCUACUUACGGCAGGUAGGCUAACAAUUUUAAGAAACACGUCAAACGUGCACAGAAAUUCUAUUGUCACAACAAACGAAGUUCUAUUCGUAAACGUUUUAAUAGAAAAGACAGUUAACCUCAAAAACAUCUAUCAUCAUGUUACUCUUCAUCACCCCACCCUCCACCCCACACACACACAAACACACACACACCGGCAACUGAUUUUUUUUUUAUUAUAAUAAACAUCUUGUUAACUCUAUUUGUAAAACAUAUUAACGCGUUGAAUGUUAUAAAGACAUGAUCAAAAACAUUUAAACUUUUUUUAAAAGCUACACAUAACAUCGAUAUAAACAUAACAUCGAUAUAAACAUAACAUCGAUAUAAACAUAACAUCGAUAUAAACAUAACAUCGAUAUAAACAUAACAUCGAUAUAAACAUAACAUCGAUAUAAACAUAACAUCGAUAUAAACAUAACAUCGAUAUAAACAUAACAUCGAUAUAAACAUAACAUCGAUAUAAACAUAACAUCGAUAUAAACAUAACAUCGAUAUAAACAUAACAUCGAUAUAAACAUAACAUCGAUAUAAACAUAACAUCGAUAUAAACAUAACAUCGAUAUAAACAUAACAUCGAUAUAAACAUAACAUCNAAAAAAUAAAGAAACUUUUUUUUUUUUUUUUUUUUUUUAAUGAACCUAAGUUCAAAAUAAUCCUAAUCUUCUCAAUUGACAAACGCUACAAGUAAUUUCUAUGUUUAAUCCUUUCAUUUUUUUUUUUUUUACAAUUAUUUCUUUGUUCUGAUAACAGUAACGGAGCUGAGGCUGAGCUGGACAAUCUUAAAAGUCAAAUUGGCAGUGAGUCGCUUUUUCAUCAUUCUAAGUUCAAUUCUAAUAUGGCUUUUUAUUGGGUUUUUUCGGAGUCAAACGUACUAAAAGAAAAAAGAAAAAUCACAAAUAACAUAAUAAUAGUUUUGCCUAUUACUAUAAAUAGUUCAGUGUAUUGUUUAUUUCAAUAAACAUGUAGGCCCAGAUGGCAGAAGAGAUGCCCACGUCUAUAUUGCCUACUAAAUAAACAGUUCACUUUAAGGUUUAUUUGAAUCUGUCCGUGCAGGCCUUGAAGGUAGAAGAGAUGCCCAGGUCUACAGACUUCGCAACUUGGCCGCCAGCGCCGGGGCCAACGUUGAAGGGAAAAACAACUACAUCAAGUUUAUUGGUCAGCAGAUCAUUAACGAGCAGAACAUCCAAGCUAAAAGACUAGACAGCUUGGCUGAAAAGGUAUCUAUAAAUAGCUCAAACACUUCACAUUUUUUAAAGAAAAUAUAUAAAUGUUUCAUGCGAUUUGACUCAACGCACAACAGUUCUUACAAUUUUUUUUUUACUUUGAGGCCAACAGGGAAGUUCAACAACAACAUAUGUACAAACUCAAGCAACAUACAAUCAAACUCUGGCAACAUAUGGACAAUUUCUGGAAACAUAGGAACAAACUCUGUUAACAUAUGGUCAGUCUCUGACAACAUACGAACAAACUCUGUUUAACAUAUGGUCAGUGUCUGACAACAUACGAACAAACUCUGUUAACAUAUGGUCAGUCUCUGACAACAUACGAACAAACUCUGCUAACAUAUGGUCAGUCUCUGACAACAUACGAACAAACUCUGCUUAACAUAUGGUCAGUCUCUGACAACAUACGAACAAACUCUGGGGCCAAAAUAGCAAAUAAAUACAAUUGAAUGAUUCACACUUCUCCAAUUUUAUUUUCAGAUGUUAAACAAUAAAACUGGGUUGCGUACGCUUUGAUUUUUUCUUGACUAAUUCUAUGUUUCAUAAAUUUGUAUAUGCGCUUGCAUCAAUCAUAAAUCUGCAUGUGUUUUGUGGGUUUUUUCCCCACCAUUCAUCACUCAUGAAGUAGACAAUGAAAAGGAAGAAGACUAACUUCUUUAGUUACAUUACUAGAUUGCUGCUAUCCGCAAACUGAGGGAAGUGAUCAAACAGCUGGACGCUGACGCCAACACCGUGAAGGACUUCAAUCAGAAAGUCAGGCUGGACGAUUUUGAAGAUCAAAUCAGAAAGCUGAAACAGACUGACCUGCGACAAAACGGUCUGAUUGAAGAGCUCAAUGUCAGGGUAAGCUCCCAUUUGUACAGAUUUAUUUCUUAAAAUAAAAUACGAAACACAAAAUGCAGUUAAAAAAUAAAAAAAAAAAAAUUAAAAUUUAAAUAAUGAGGAGGAUAAAAUGGUCAACACGUUAGCACUCAACUCAGAAAUGGUAAGCUUUCAGAGACCGAUAUCGGCGAUUGAUUGGGUUUCCGUUCAAUCGAUUUCAUAUACUGUUAUCCUCCUUUCAGGCUGCCAACGAAGCUGACAGAAUCGACGCCCUCGUCGUCAGCUCCAACUCUGAACUCCGUGACCUCACUCUGCUGGAGAGCCAAACCAGGCGCGCGAUCAAUUCAAUCAACCGCGUCAAAUGUGAGCCCUCAUGACCUGACUCUUAUUCAUCCACCAACCUUCGUCAGACCGUGCAUCUGUUGAUAUCAUAUUAACAACAAAAGCUUGUUAUAGUUUACUUUUUCCUCUUCUCGCUACUGCUACGCGUGCUAGCUCGCUCUUGGGGUAUAUUGAAACAUAGGUGUCAUGGACUUUGUUACCACGAGGAAGUGCGGGCUGGGUGGGCUUUUUUUACAAUGUUAAACUCUUUUACAAAUCAUUUUAAUCGAACCAUCCAAUACGAAUUAAGUCUUUUAAACUGAAACGCGAGUCCUCUGAAUUGCUUCAAGUUCAUGUAUAUAUCUAUNCAAUUUAUAUCUAAAUCUGAAAUGAUGUAUUAAGGAAGUACUGGGUACGUUCACUCAACAAACAUCUCAUGCUUCACUUGUUGAGAUGUGUGGUUUUUUAUCUGGUGACUUAUUUCGUUUUGUCAUCCGUGUCAUUGAUUGAUUCAAAUUUUACAAGGUUUUUUUGUUUGUUUCUCUUCCAAUCGCAGCCACCUCGUUCUCUCUCACAGUAUCACCAAACAAACCAAACCCCGCCAAAGUUAUUUACAACCAGGAAUUCCUCGGAGUGCCACAGUUCUUUAGCUACGACCCAGUAGGAUUCAAGUUGGUUAAAAAAAACGCUGCGGGAGUACAAGUCAUUUUAAAAAAAAAAAAAAAACAACAUUUUAAUAAACCAAAGCAUAAAGAGUUAUUCUCUAGGUAUUUGUAAAAAAAAAAAAAUAAAAAAAAACAUUUUGAUGAUGUUAAUAUUUGACCGAUGACCAAACUGGGGGGUCAAAAAGUGGUUAAACAACUCAUCCCAGAGGAAUGGCUAAAACUGGGAAACGUGGGACAUGUCCCGUAAACUAUACCGGAACCUAUCACACCCAAACGGGAAAAGGGAUCAGAGGCGGAAAUCAAAGGACCAGAGCUUCAUCACCCAGAUUAGAACAGCACGCUGACCUCCAGGAAGCUACUUGAAUUAUAGGUUGCAUCCACAGCUGCCGUCAUUCAGGACAGGCGCCGGAGACAACAGUGCACAGGCUAGCCGUAGACAACAGUGCUCUGGCAAGCCGGAGACAACAGUGCACUGGCUAGCCGGAGACAACAGAGCACUGGCUAGCCGGAGACAACAGUACACUGGCUAGCGGGAGACAACAUUGCACUUGCUAGCCGAGUGCCCGACACUAAUGAGUGGAGAAGUUGGGAACAGCCCAGACAUCCACUCAGAAAGCCUCAUCUACGGCAAUGCCCAGCAGAGGCGGCACAACUUUUCACUGCUUUGGCCGCCGCCAUAUAAGAGCGUCAGCUCGGCCCCCAAAAGAGACAAUGUAAUAUUUCAGAAAUACCUGAUACAUUUCGUACCUGUGUUGAAACCUCCGACUAAAUGUGUUGAUGCAGUUUCCCCUUGAUUACUGAAAACAUUUGAUCAACACGCGUUUUUAGGUAAUGCAAAUUUGUCCAUGGGGGGGGGGAGCAAGUCUCACUCUGCUCAGCCUUUUCUGUGACAGUUGCUCUUUAGUGUAAGUGACGGGCGCUCUUCAAUGUAAGCGACAAUUGCUUUAUCAUUGGUUUCAAAUUAUUUUAUAAUUUUUUUUUUUCAGUGCCGCUGGAUACCAAGGCAACUAUGGAAACUCCAAUAAUGGAUACUCUAACUACGGAAGCUCCAACAGCGGAUACUCUAACUAUGGAAGCUCCAGCAAUGGAUACAACAAUGGUGGCUAUUCUAACAACGCCGGCUAUUCAGCCUACCCCGGUGAUUCUUCCGUCUCUUACCACAUUGAAAGUCUACCUUACAACGACUUCGCAGCAAUUUACACAUAUGAUGAAAGCAUCGGGGACUACUGGGUUGUCGAUAGUGUUGACCUCAGAGCCACUGCCAUAUAUUUCGAACCUAACCUCCUGCCCAGGGUUACCGGAUAAACAGAUUUGACUGUUAUCUGAAACGCGACCCGCCUCCUGUACGUCCACUCCAUUAGGGCCUUCUUUUGGAUGUUUAUAUAAUGCUGAAAUAAUUUGAAAUAACGUUAACAUGUAUUUUUUGUUUGAGAAAUGAAUUACUCCCAGAUGUAAAAGGAAAGCAAUAAAUAUUCUUUACUG